AUGGGAAAGAAGGGCAAGAAGAAGGCGAAGCUCACCGGCACCCCGGACGUUGUCCGCUUCAAGGGCACGCGAGAAUACUGCCUACUCCAGGAAUGUAAAGAGAUCCAAGAAAGCCUCCCGUUCGUCGCAACGGAUGCCUUGGAUGACUUCGCGUAUAAGAAGGUUGCGAGGUUUCUAAACAUGGUGGGCCUCCUCGCGGAGUACUUGGGCAUCCACUCCAACAAGGACUACAGAUUCAACUUUUUUCACCGGCUCUUGUCGCCGACCCCGCAGUUUUUCCCAAUGGGCUUUGACGUCAACGUCAUCCGACAGGCGAGAGAAGCCCAGGAGAGACCGGGCGUGACUUUCAACGGAGUGCUGCAUACGUACCCGGAUGAAAUCAAGCUUGCCGCAGAAGGCUUCUUAAAGGAGGUCGACAGCACUAUGACGAAGAUCGCCAGUGAAAUUGAGCCGCGGCUCAAGGACGACUUCGCGCCGGGCCUACCUCGCUUCAAAUCAGAGUUGAAGGACGACAUCGAGCUCUUCGAUCGCCUGUGGAUGGAGUUCGAGGAGCGGUUUGUCAAAGCGCGGCACGAGAUCAUGACUAAGGUCUUCGAAAACGUGGAGCAAAUCAUCACUGUGGAGCUGGAGCUCACUCAGGCCGAGGAGCGGAGGGAUAUCGAAGGAAAGCAGCGGUUGGAGAAUGACUUUGUCUCUGUUGUUGAUGCUUGGCUGCUGACUAGCUGUCGGCUGUCGCUGUUUCCCGAGACCUCCUCCGACAAGCUCCCUGCGGAUGUGAUCCCACUGGCAGAAGCUUGUAUCUUCUACGAAUCCAAGUGUACAGAAGAUUGGCUGCAUUUGGCCAAACAUCUGAUCUACGAAUACUUGGAACUGAGACUUUAUGUCAUGAAGAUUCCGGAGCAGCGGCUAAGCCCCCAGCUCAAGGACAACCCGCAGUUCAUGCGGCACCUCAAAAACUUCCACGCAGCUGUGCUGGCUGCCCGGGAGGCGCUGGAUUUCGUUUCAAGGCUUCCGAAACUGAUACACGCCAAGACAUCUGAUUGGAUGACGAAGCGUCUGUUGGAGCCGGACCUAAGGCAAAAGAUCAACGUGGUUGACUUAGGGCAGCUGACACCUCCCUUCGGCUACUGCACGGAGUCCUGGAGAAAGGCAAUUGACCGCCAGAUCGAGGAGGUCGUCAGGUGGAUUGACCGCCACAUGGGCGAAUACUUCAUCCACACGGACACUGACAUCCAGUUCUUCCCGCGAUUUUUGCAGCUUCAGCGCGAGUGGCUGCAGUGGAUGAAGGACGAGUCACUUGACAUGCUUUUCAUGCGCGAGCGCACAGAGGUCAUACCUCAUCUUCGCCUCGGCGAGGUGAAUGCUGGUUUCUACGUCGUCCACUGCAAUACCCGGACGAGGUCCUUCUGGCAGACUGUUCUGCAGGAAGAGCAGGCUUGCCCAAAGAUGGAGGGCCAUCCGCCGUAUACCGAUCAGUUUCACUUGAAUCGUGGACUUGGCCACCGCCGGGGCGCUUUCCCUCAGGAGGGGGCCUUCGGGGUGCGCUGGGCGACAAUACCCGACUACCACUGCAUCUGGAGCACGCCUUCUGGUGAGGAGGUGAAGUUUGCUGCCUUCCACCACGCGGUGAACACUAGAGACAAGUCUCAACUGCUUCGUGCCGUGCGGCAGCAGGUCUGCGCCGUUCAGCAGAGGCAGCCCCCAGGUUUGCUGGGGAAGCUGCCGCUACGCUCCGAGAACCAAGGUGGAGGCUCCAGCCUGGUUGCCCAGAUACAACAGCUGACUUCAGCUUUGAGAGGAGUCCGUGCCCAGUGUAAACAGCUCAAUCCCGCCGAGUUGCAGGACUUCGGUUUGCUGGAAUGGGCAAAACUCUUCUGCGAAUUGGGGGAGCCGGUGACGGAUCAGCUCUGCUACUAUGAGGGCCAUCUGGCUAAACCCGGGGAAACCUUCAAUCGGCAGCUGCAGCGGCAGAUGGAGGAAGAUUUUCGCAUCUGCGCCGAAGAGCUAGACCAAGGGUCUGUGAGUGAGGAGCUUGCCACGGGAAGCCCAUCCGCAGUAAAGGCUCUGCUGCACCUGCUGGAGCGGCUGAUGCUUCUGCAUGAGGCGUGUCGACCAUCGGGCGGAAAAGGCGAGUUGCGCUGGAAGGUCAAUUUUGAGGUGAACCAAAAUGGGGCCUGCACAAAAUAUCACAAUGACCGCUUCGACAAUGUUCGCUUCGCCGUGACGCUGGCCGGCGACGGUACAGUUCUUGCUGACCAGGCGAAAGUCGACUGGGACUUCCUUGAGACUUGUCAGAGGGCUGUCCCCGCCCUUGCCGAGAAUCCGGAGCUUUCUGCAUCAGAGGCUCUUGCAGCUAUCCAGGAGUGGAACGAGACAGUCUGUCCCGGUCAUGUUGCGACCGAACCCGGAGACCUGGUCAUCAUGAAAGGGGGACAGUUGACCAAGCAGCCUUGCCUGCGCCGGGCACCCUACUCUGCCGGCGAAGGGUUUCAUCCUGCAAGGCUCCUCAUCACGUUGGAUCUGCUCCCGAAGGACGAGCUGCAGCAGUUUAUCGACAUGGACUUCGGGGAUGAUGGCCAGAGCGAUGAGCCCAUGAAUCAGGCUCCCAAACCCCAGAGUCUUCUACCAGCGACCGUCCUCAGCGGUUUCCUUGGUGCAGGCAAGACGGCGCUGCUGACGAAUUUGCUCCAAAGCCAAGAAGGUUUUCGAGUCGGCGUUGUUGUGAAUGAUUUGGCAGAGGUCGACAUCGAUGGCUCGCUGCUGAAGUCCGCAUCUGCGCUGCUCAAGGGCCAAGACAAGAUGGUUGAGAUGCAGAAAGACGGAAUUAGCUGUACACUCCGUGAGGAUCUCAUCGAGAACGUGACCAAGCUAGCUGCAGAGAAGCGAUUCGACUAUCUCCUUAUCGAAAGCACUGGCAUCUCAGAGCCAAUGCCUGUGGCUACCACGUUCGUCCACGAACAUGACGGUAAAGCACUGCUUGGCAGUGUCGCUCGCCUGGACACGCUCGUGACGGUCGUCGAUGCCUCAAGUUUCCUCAAAGACUACGAUGCAGAUCAGCAGCUGUGCGACCGAAAGGAGCUGGGAGCCGACGAGAAUGAUCAGCGGACGAUUGCGCAGCUCCUUAUUGACCAGGUGGAGUGUGCCAAUGUCAUAGUGUUGAACAAAGUGGACUUGGUCAAGAAGGAAGACCUAGAGAUGCUGGAGGCGCUUCUCAAAAAGCUGAAUCCCAAGGCGAAAGUGGUCCGCUCUACCUUCGGCAAGGUUGAUUCGAGCCUCUUGCUGAACACACGCAGCUUCGACAUGGAAGAGGCCGAACGCAUGCCAGGCUGGUUUCAGGAAUUGCAGGGGAAUCAUGUGCCCGAUGCCAUGCAGUAUGGGGUUGUCAGCCUGGUCUUCCGAGCGCAGAAGCCCUUCCAUCCAAAGCGCCUGGACGAGCUGCUGAAGGGAGGACUGGAGACGGGGAUUCUUCGAUCCAAGGGUCGGCUUUGGGUGGCCGGCCUGGAUGAUGCCUCUUUUGUUUGGCAUCAGGCAGGCAGCACUCUGUCCAUCGACACCGGUCCUGGCUGGCUGCACGGCUCUCUGGAUCCCAAAGACUGGCCUGCCGACACGCCGGAGGAGUACCGAACGGCGCCCUACGGAGACCGGCGGCAGGAGCUGGUCUUCAUCGGAAAGGACCUGGACCAGGACUCCCUGCGCCAGCGCCUGGAGCAGAGCCUGGUCACGGAGGUUGAGUUUGAGCAGGGCCGGGAGGAGUGGGCCAGGUGGCCCAAUCCCUUCAAGGGAGCCGAAAAGCCAGCGCGGAAGAAGGGAAAUCUGGCAGCCAGAAGGGCUGCCCUUCGGAGAAAGCGGGCAGCUGCGCCGGCGGUGGCAGGAGAUGUGCCGCAGGCGUCCCGGCCCAAGAAGGCCAAGACUGUCCAACGGAGCAAAAAAACCGGUCAAGGCACCAGCGAUGCUGAGGCGCUCUGCUACUUGCGCGAGGAAUCGGAGGCUCUCUUACAGGCUUCGGAGUCCAACGCCUGCUGCGCCUCCUGCGGGAUCUCAGGCUUCUGGUGGACUCUGAGGUGGAGCAGCGAGGAUGGUCAAGGCUAUUGCCGGCCUUGCUGGCUGCACUGGUCCAGUGAUCUGCAAGACAACCAGCAGAGGUCUCACUACAGCGGAGCUUGGGCCGAUGAUUUGAUGCAAAGGAAAAGAAGAGUCA